AUGGAGGAGAUCCAGCCCAUCUUGAAAAAGGCAACAGAAUCCAUCACCAAACUCCAGAAAAGCCACAGAGCCAGCAAGCGCUGCCUUGAGGCCACCGAGAGAGCACUCGCAAGGAUUGGCAAGAAAAUGGGGUCGACCAUCAACAACAUCGACAAGACAGGCCAAGAUGCUGUUCACAACUCAAUCAUGCUACUCAGAGAGCAAAUCGAACAGCGCAAUCACGACAUCCUUGGAGCCGAAGAGUGCAAGAAGCAGCAGCUGAAGAACUACCGACUCUACCACAAAGCGCUCAGGUCGGUGGAAGAACUUAUAUCGGGCGAGAUCGAUCAGUGUGUUGGCUCAAUCUACUGUGAUGGACACGAUUGGCUCACUGAGAGCAUCGCUCGCUGGGAGGAGGAGAACAAGAAGGCUGAGGGUAAGAUCCGCAAGCUCGAGUGGCAGCUGAGAAGUUGA